AGACCGUCCCUUUUUCCUAUUUUAUAACAAAAAGAUACCAUUUUUCCUUUCUUCUUCUUCUUCUCUCCCAUUCAUUCAUCAGCAUCUCUUUAUAUAGACUCUCUGUUCAAAACAAAACAAUAUCUUCAAAAAACCAAAAACAAGAUUAUCUUUUUAAGGAUAUCCUCACCGUGUUUCUCGCCCUUAUUAUUUGUUUUUUCUUCAUUUUUACACCAAAUUCCAUUUUUUUAGUGAUUUUUUUCUUCGCAACCCACAAUUCUAGUGACAAAAAUAAUUCAUACCCAGAUUUUCUUUUUCUUAAAUAUCUUCUGGGGUUUAUUGUUUUUUCUUUUUUGUUUUUUUAAACCUUUCAAAAUUUCAUUUUUUCACCUUCUCAGUUGAAGAGACAAAAAAAAAAAACUUAAUUUAUAGUUUUAAUUUUUUUUUUAACCUUUGGGUUUCUUAGUUAAGGGGUUUUAAGAUUUUUUGUUGAAGUUGUAUUCUGAGAGCCUUUGGAUUAUAGGUGUUACUUCUAUGGCUGAUGAAUCGAAAAAAGCUGCAGAUGAAAUGAAUAAGAAGAAGCUUCAUGGUGAUUCUUCAACUGCUGAGAAUAACAAUUCCAACAUGGUUCCUUCAAAGGGUGGUGGAAGUUCACCACCAUCUGAAGCAAGAUCAUGUGUAUCAUCAUUAGGAGAUGCUUCUGGAAGUUUCAAAGAAGGGGAUGUGGAUCAUGAAUACCAAUUCACAGAUCAGAAUGUUCCUUAUGCUGCUGGUAGUUAUUAUGGAUACUACUAUCCAGGUUAUGGUGGUUUCUAUGGAGAGCCAGAAAAUCAAGGAUAUUAUGUUGGUGCUGCUGAUGCUGUGGAUUUUCAGUAUCCUGUCAUGCAAGCAGAUAAUGGAUCUUAUGUCUAUCUCAUGCCAGGAUAUCAGACUGGCUACUCUUCAUACAUUCCUGUGAAUACACCUGGCGUCGAUGGCCAGUAUCAAUUCUACCCUCCCGGUUCCGUCUAUCAACAACCAAUUGGAUCCCCCGGCUAUUUUCCAGCUUCUUUACCUUAUGCUGAGUUAUUUCCAUCAACAUACUCAUGGGAUUCAUCUCUAACAACACAAGAUGUAUCACAUGGGAAUCGUUACAAUGAAUUCGCUGGUAAACCAAGCAGUAGAUCUAAUUUUUCUUCCCAGACUCAUACCGGUAGUGGUGUGACGUCAAAGUCUGUGCCCUCAUCUACUGUGAGCAACUCAUCAGAUGCGAAGGGUUCCUCACCAUUAUUAGAUGUCUCAUCAAUUCAUGUUAAGCGUAAUCAGCCAAAACAAGCAAACAAGGCAUCCAUAUCUGGUCCAGUUCUCCAUUCAGAUACAAUGGCAAAAGGUUCUUUGCCUGUCGCAAAGUUUUCUGCAUACAAUCAAGCAAAGAGUGGAUUUCCCCAUCAAAACAACUUGCAUUAUGCAAAAGCAAAUACAAAGGGAUGGGUUAGUACUGAAAAGCUGAAACUGAGAAGCAAGGUUAAUGAUCCGCUUAAUGAGCAGAAUCAUGGUCCUAGAACAGCUAAUGUGAAAGGUGAAGUAAAUUCUGGAGCUAAUUCUGCACGAACGGUGGCGGUCGAUAAGAGUGGAAAUGGUGACAGCAAAGUCAGGACAGAUCAGUAUAACCUUCCUGAUUUUCCAACCACAUAUGAUCAUGCACUUUUCUUUGUCAUCAAAUCGUACAGCGAAGACGAUGUCCACAAGAGCAUCAAGUACAAUGUAUGGGCCAGUACUCCUAAUGGGAAUAAGAGGCUUGACAAUGCGUUUCAGGAUGCACAAAAUCGAAUGGAAUCGAAUGGAAGCAAGUGCCCUGUAUUUCUUUUCUUCUCGGUCAAUGCUAGCGGUCAAUUUUGUGGAGUAGCCGAGAUGAUCGGCCGAGUGGAUUUCAACAAGAGUAUGGAUUUCUGGCAGCAAGAUAAAUGGAACGGAUAUUUCCCUGUCAAAUGGCACAUUAUAAAGGACAUUCCAAAUCCUCAGCUACGGCAUAUUAUACUCGAGAAUAAUGAUCACAAGCCUGUAACAAACAGUAGAGACACACAAGAGGUACAUUUUCCGCAAGGUAUUGAAAUGCUGAACAUUUUCAAGAACUAUGUAUCAAAAACAUCGAUACUGGAGGAUUUUGAUUUUUACGAAGGCCGUCAAAAAGUCAUGCAGGAGAAGAAAAUAAGACAACCUAUGAUGCAUCAUACCAAUACACAGCAUAUAGAUGACUUAACAAGUGCACUUGGAUCAGUAGACAUAUCAACUGUAAAGAACAUGGAGGACCCUAAAUUGGCUGAGAAAGUGAAUGACUGAAGAGAAUGAAAUCCUAUGCUAUUCGUGUGGACCUCACCAUAUCAUCAUGCAUGCUGGUGCUAUUCCUGAGCUAUGAAGUAAGAGAUCAUGAAUUUCAAGUCUGAAGUUCCAAAAAAAAAAAAAAAAUCUUGCUGAUGCUUUAAAAGGAAGAAAAAUAAUCUCAUGAGAAAAUGAUAGUUGGUUUCAAAAUUUUACAAAAAAUACAAAGAUGAAGUUUUAAUGUUGGAAGGACAAGGUUAUUGCUGUUACAAGGAAACAUUUAGUUUUUAAUUUUGUUUUGUUUUGUUUCUUUCUUUUUUUAGGGCACAUAAAAGGUUUAGUUUGGUUCCUUGUUCUUGCUAUUUUCUUUUCUUUACUUUUUUAUUUUAAAUUUUCCUUGUAGUUUUAGAAUUUAAGAGUAUAACAAAUGCCUUGAUUAGGACAGGUUGCCAGUAAUAUGUUGAAAAUGAUAGGUUGUCCAAUGGAUGAUAGAGAAAUUAUUGGAAUUGGAAAGUUUCUAACCAAUCAUAAUUUGAGGCAUAUGUUAUUUGUGGCAUUAAAGACUGUAUUAUUAUUAUAUGAUGAAAA